CGCUGGCUACUUUUCUUUCAUUCGCCUUAUUCCAGUUACCCAUAAUCCUUUGCGGUAUGAUGACUUCCGGUUUAGAUUUGACAGCUGAUCAGCUGAUUAUAAAAUAUUACGGGAAACUACUUAUAAUAUGACCUAGUAUAUCGCCAGACAUACUGUACUUUGAAUGGGAAGCUCAAAUAUAUAUGAAGCUAAAUUCCAUUUCGAUGUGUAGAUAUGAUGUAUUUCAAUUCUUGUUGAAGUAAAACUACCAGACAUGUCAAAAUCAGCACUGAACAUUAAUAGAGACUUAACUGACAUCAGAGAUUACAACAGUGUUGCUGGCUUGAAAGCUGAUAGACUGAAAAAGCUAUGCCAGUACUACAACAUAGAUGUGAAAUUACCAAAAAAGGCACGUAUUGUAUUGCUGUGUCAUUGUCUAGGAAUUUCAACGACAGGUCAUGUACAGCAGGUUACAAAUAGGAGUGAUGCUACCAAAUAUCUAACUGACAGUCAGAGACAGGAAUUAGCAGGUAUUACCCCAGCUUAUAUGUGCCGGCUUAAUGAAUGGAAAAAAGACUUAUCAUCUGUACCAGAUAUUGAGGAAUCUGCUGUGAAAAAAUAUCUAAUUAAUACUGAAGUUCUGAGUGCCAGUGAUGCUAGAACAUAUAAGAUAUCAAGGCCAUUUGCAUUACAGCAGUUUGUGCAUUCAGUGUUGUUUAAUGAUAAUAACGGUUCGGAAACAUUCUUAUUAAUAAGAGCACAGAGCAACCCGUCGCAAUCAACAAAUCCGGAUGAGGUGAAAGUUGUGUUUGUUAUUAUAGACAAGUAUCUAGGAGAACCUUACGGUAUUUUCUGUAAAUGUACUGUAGGGAACAGUGAAAGAUGCGGACACAUGGGUGCAGUUUUGUUCAAACUUGCUGAAUUGCAGGCAACAGGAGUGUCAGAGGGCCCUUCAUGCACAGAUGUUCUGUGUAGAUGGGCUGAUCCCAAAGGAUGUAAAGCAGAACCAACGGUCUUUCAAGAUUUAAAUAUUAGAAAAUCUGAUCCUCCUAUGAGAAGAACAGUUGAUGACUAUGGUCAAAAAGUGAUAAAUACAGCUCCUCCCUCGUAUGAUGAUGUCGUUGAAUUAAGAGCUAAUCUAAUUGCAGCAACACACCAUAUUGGUCAGUACUGUCCUGCUAUCCACAUUCUUAAUUGUGAUAGAUUUAAACCUGAAAAUACUGUGAUACAGCCUUCAAAUAUUACAGAACAAUUGCCGAAUACACUAAGAUAUGACAGUGCAGCUAUCGCUCCAGCAAAAGAAGUGGAAAUAAAAACUACCCCUGUAGUAAUGACACAACUAGUGCCAAAAAAGUUUAAUAGUAUAACAGACGAGGGCUACAGCAAAGCCAGCGAAGAGGUAUAUUCAAAGGCAACCAAUAUGGGUAUUGACAUCGAUCAAGUCAAUAACCUAACGAAGGGUCAGGCAGAAAACCCAGAGUGGCAUGAACAAAGGUUAGGGACAAUUACAGGGACAAAAUUUUCAAGUGUAAUAAAAGUGAUUGAAAAGAAAAGAAACUGUGACUCUAUGGUGAAAGACAUGUGUGAAAAAAGCUCUGAUAAACUUAAGAAUGUACCAGCAGUCAAAUGGGGCAGAAAACAUGAAAACAAAGCAAGGCAGGCAUACAUAAACAAGGUUGCUCAGUCUCACAAAGACUUUAAGUUACAGGAACAGGGAUUAAUGGUGUAUAAGGACUGCCAUUUUAUAAGAGGAAGUCCUGAUGGAAUUGUUACUUGCAGUUGUCAUGGAAGCAUUCUUGUUGAAAUUAAGUGCCCUUUUGGUGCAAGAAUGAUGACUGUUACAGAAGGUGUUGCACAAGGAAAAAUCAAGUUCCUUGAGAAAGUGAACGGUCGAUUUCAGUUGAAAGAAAAUUCUUCGGAUGGCUACUUUGCGCAAGUCCAAUGAUUGAUGGGGAUUGGUAACAUCAAACCGUUGAAACGUUGCAAUUUUGUUGUUUGGACAACAUGUGACAUGAUGGUUCUAAAUGUUAAUUACAAUGAACAAUUUUUUACAGACAGACUGGUACCGUCCUGUAAGGAAUUCUUUAAAGUGCACAUAAUACCAAAACUUCUUCUGAAAGAAACAGAAUUACCCACCCCAUCCCCUGCCGUCCAUUUAACCUCUAACACAAACACUAAUGUCUCAGAUAUAUAUAUCGCUUCACCCCCAGCUACUGAACAUGUAUCCACAGAUGAAUACCAGGCGUCAAAAAGGACUCGUGUGAAAUCACCAAGAAAAACUGCCAAGAAGGCGGUUUCAAAAUCAAAUCCAUCAUCUCAGCUGGUAAUACCGUCUUCCACAAUUACCCUCAAGCAAACAACAUCUGCUCAGUUAAUAUUGGCAGAAUCAUCUGUUUACAAAUGUGCUACUUGUAAGAGGUUGUCAGACUAUUCCCCCCCCCAAGAUGAUUCCCCCUCAAGACAAUUCCCCCCCAAGACAAUUCACUCCCGGACAAUUCCCCCCACAAUGUUAUGUAAGGGUGACAGUUCCCCCUCUCCAUAUUAUAAUAUGUUUAAAGGGUUGUAAAGUUUAUUUAAUAUGGAAAAAUCCUAUACUCCAAUACUUUAUAUUUAAAAGGCAGUGGCUACGAUUAC